UAUUGCACAUCCUCACUAAACUUUUAUUUUAUACCCAUUGGACAACUGUGAAAAGGAUGCCCAGUAGACCACCUCAAUUGUGGGUCACCUAGUCCUCGCUUCAUGAUGUGUCUUCAGUGGGCCUAGCACCCUCUAGAGAUGAGAUGUUAAUCUGUCUGAGGCUUGUUUAAAAUUAUCUCUCCAAAGUAUCCCUCAGAAUUGUCAGUUACAUUUUUGACAGCAGGUGGGUAUACAAGGAAAGGUUAGAAUGUCUUUGAAAAUACCACACACACUGAUGCACACACACACCAAAUAAAUUAUGAACAAACAAGCAUUUAUUUCUCUACUGUUAUCUACAAGACUUACUCCCUCUGCAUGUGGUUAGACUUUCUUUGUUUGGGUUUAGUAAUUUUUACUCCAUAUUGUGUCAAAACCAGCCUUCACUUCCCUUGCAGUACAGUGCACAAUAGAUAGGGCAGGCUUCUUUGUGUCCACACAGAUUCUUUCCUUUGCUGAGGGUAGGCGGAAACUGAGGCGCUUGAUCUGAAUUCUAAAGGGGCUUGUUGGAUCUAAUAAAAGCAGCUAUUGUAUGUAAAUUAUUCACACAAGAGCAUAUGACUCCGACUGUGCAGGGCAGUGGCUAGUGUGAGAGAAAUCAUUAGCAAUGCAAACGCCUGGUGUUCUGGUUCACAGAUUCACUAAUGGGAAGAAAUCCAUCUAUACUGAUGGUAAUUCAAUUGUUUCUGGGCGUGUUUGUGCACUACUUCUACUGAAGACCUGGAAUCGAAAAUGAACUGGGCGUCCUUUUAUGCCGUCAUCAGCGGUGUAAACAGACAUUCCACGGGCAUCGGUCGCAUCUGGCUCUCUGUUCUUUUCAUUUUCCGUAUCCUGGUCCUGGUGGUUGCAGCAGAGAGUGUGUGGGGUGAUGAGAAGUCCGGCUUCACCUGUAAUACCCAGCAGCCCGGCUGCAACAGCGUCUGUUAUGACCACUUCUUCCCCAUCUCACAUAUCCGUCUGUGGGCCCUGCAGCUAAUUUUGGUGUCCACCCCAGCCCUGCUGGUGGCCAUGCAUGUGGCCCACCGCCGACACAUCGACAAAAAACUCUACAAGCUGUCUGGCCGGGCCAACCCCAAGGACCUGGAGCAAAUCAAGACCCAGAAGAUGAAGAUUGCAGGUGCACUUUGGUGGACAUACAUCAUCAGCCUCUUCUUCCGCAUCAUCUUUGAGGUAACCUUCAUGUACCUCUUCUACAUGAUCUACCCUGGCUAUAAGAUGAUCCGGCUGGUCAAGUGUGACUCGUACCCCUGCCCCAACACAGUGGACUGCUUUGUGUCCAGGCCCACAGAGAAGACCGUCUUCACUGUGUUCAUGCUGGCUGUGUCAGGGAUCUGCAUCCUGCUCAACAUCGCAGAGGUCGUCUUCCUAGUGGGAAAGGCCUGUAGUAGGCACUUAAGCAAUGCUGGAGACUCAACCAUGGGAGCAUGGAUCACCCAAAAGCUCUGCUCCUACUAGAACAAGCUAAAUGGACCAACACUGUGUAACUGUAAUUGGGCACAUAUGUUCAAAGCUCAAAGUAAUGGCCUUAACAACAUUAAUUAAUGAGGUGUUCACACUUUUUCUAUACUUUUCAAAUAGAUAUGACUCAAAGGACAAUUUCAGUUUGGAUAUAGAACAAAAUCCAGAAGAAGAGACUGAAGAAAAGUAUGGUAAACUGAUUUAUUAACAGUCCCUUACCUUGUAACGUCUCAAAUUUAGCUGAAUUCAAUAUGCAGUCACCUUCGAUAUGCUCUGCAAGAUUCAAGCAACUAAACCGACUCAUCAUCCAUUCUGUAUUAUGAUUCAUAAAUAGUUUUCAAUUCCUGAUAGACAUUUUAAUCACUGAUAAUGUGGUAUCAUUAGGACAAAGCAUUGGUACCCCUGGUUUAUUAUAAAUAGUAACCCAAGAAAACUGUCCAAGUGAUGAAUUUAACCAACAUUUGGUGGUUGUGGUGGAGUAUUACUAAUAACUAUGAGGCUAUUCCAAAGCACUACUAAUAACUACCUCACUUUCAUAGUGAAAUAUCAAGUGCUUCAAGACAUCCACAUAGUGUUUUGAAUGCUAUGAAUGAGACUGAUUAUGCAUGUGUAUAGAGUAAAAUAGAAUAGUGAAUGAGAAAAUGUGCUUAGUUGAAGUUAAAAUGAAAGAACCAAAUGA